UUCACAUAGACGUUUCACAGCUCGUUGUUAUUAUUAAUUUUAUGGAUUCCACACAUCGUACUUAAUGAACACUUCACUGAAUUCAGCAGGCGGUAAGCGGCAGCUGCGCUUUCGCGGUGACGUCACCACCGGCAGCCGUGUGGAGGAACUGCAUCAUCACCAGGAGGAGAAUAAGCAAAAGGCCCAGGCGCCGCUCGCCCAGGAUGACGUUGCAGCGACGCCGACUGCGACGCCUGCAGCGGGAGCAGCGCAGCAGCGGCUGCAGAGCGGAACAACAGAGACCUGCACCAACACAUUCUACGACUUCUUCAAGGUGGAAAUGACACGAGGCUAUAUGCUGGAGCACGAUGAGGAGCGUUAUUCGGCGCGCCGCCAGAAGAUCUACAGUUUCAUGCGCAUACCGCGGGAUCUGGAGCGUUUCAUGGUCUACGGUAUCAUGCAGUGUGCCGACUCCUUUCUAUACAUCCAUACCUUUCUGCCCGUCCGUUUCCUGAUGGCCAUUUGGGCUCUGGUUUCUAGGACAGUGGCGAGGAUUUUUCGCCUUCGUAGCAGCGGACAAAGGCUGCUGUCGCCUGCAGAAAUCUGCGAUUUGCUCAAGGGCGUCAUUUGGAUGACAGUGACGCUUAUAAUGCUCCUGGUGGACACAAAUCGAGUGUACCACAUCAUCAAAUCACAGUCGAUCAUUAAGUUGUACAUAUUCUACAACAUGCUGGAGGUGGGCGACCGCCUUUUGUCCGCCUUUGGUCAGGAUACUAUCGAUGCUCUCUUUUGGACGGCCACCGAACCAAAGAAUUCCAAGCGGGAACAUUUCGGUGUUCUUACGCACGUACUCUUCACCCUGAUCUAUGUGUUUUUGCAUAGUGGACUGAUUAUGUUCCAGGCCACCUGUUUAAAUGUGGCAGUCAACUCGAACAAUAAAGGCCUGCUGACCAUCAUGAUAUCGAACAACUUUGUGGAGCUCAAAGGAUCAGUGUUCAAGAAGUUCGACAAAAACAACCUGUUCCAGUUGACCUGCAGCGAUGUGAGAGAGCGCUUCCACUUGUCUGUGCUGCUGUUCAUUGUGGUCAUUCAGACCAUGAAGGAAUUCGACUGGAGUAUCACCCAGUUCUGUGUGAUGUUACCCGACUGCUUUGCUGUGCUGUUUACGGAAAUCCUCAUCGAUUGGGUGAAGCACGCGUUUAUUACGAGAUUCAAUGAGCUGCCGGAAAGCAUCUACCGGGAAUAUACAACCAGUUUGGCUUAUGAUAUGACCCAGACGAGGCAAAAGCACGCUUUCUCGGAUCACUCAGAUUUGGUGGCCCGCCGCAUGGGCUUUAUACCAUUUCCCUUGGCCGUGGUCCUGAUAAAAGCGAUUUAUACGGCAGUUUCAUUUGAGAACUUCGCCGCCUGGAUACUCUUCCUGCUGGCCUAUCUGUUUGCCAUGGGCUUGCGAAUUUGCCUGACCAUCUGUGCACUGGGCAAGGCCUGCAAACUAAUGAAGGAACAUCAGACAGAGCGAAAUAGUUCUACGCCGAGCAGCAUGACCAAUGUGCCCGUUAUAGGUACAGCUGCACCAGUCCCAACGGCUUCGAUUGGCGGACAGAAUCACAAUAAUAAUAACAAUAGCAUUGGCUCGAAGCCAGCACAAGUGACAACACAUUUGACCCCACCCAAUGCCACAAUUAACCUCGAUGUUAGUCACAAUUUCUCGCGUGCCUCCAUCGCAUCCACGUCUACGCCAAAGAAAGCGGUCAGUGAGCAGGAGCUGGACGUUACCAACUCCCUGGAGCUGGGCGCCACAGCUCUCUUCUCGAACAGCGAUGUGGAUUUGGAUGAUGUUUGUCUUAACGAACAAGUGACCAAUACCAAUGCGAGCACCGCCGUCCAGGAGGUUUACCAGGAACAGGAUCUUGUGCGAAGCCAGCCGGAUCUGAUGCUGCUCAAAGAUUCUGCCGGCGGCGGAGAGGCGAGCCUUAAGGCCAAGCAGGCCACCCAACGGCUGCCAAAGCGAACGCACAAGCGAUCUGAAUCGGAGCCGGGCAUUCCCAGCAUGGUGGAGAAGGGAGCGACUUCCGGACUCACCAGCGGCAACCAAACGACACAGCUGUAGCCAUAACUCGAAGCUAAUUUAUUAUUAUAUUUGAUUUUACCUUGUACGUAGUUGCGUUUUUGAUCUUUUAUAAUAAGUGCGGAUGGAUUUAACAUGUAUUUUAGAUUGUAGCUAAAAAUAUGUUCUCUCUAGAAUAUCAAACUGUGCCUCAAAAUCCUGUAGAUGGUGUGCCCAAUCGUAUUUCUGUAAACUUUGUAAAUCAGUUUUCGGCAAGGUCACAUUUAAAACUACCUAAUGGCUGUUAUUAAGCACUUAAAAAAUAAAAUAAACAAGACAGAUUUUGUCCACAAAA